AUGAUUGGGAGCUUCUCUGUUGUCGCAGCCCUCCUGCUGGGUACAGCUUUUGCAGCUCGUGGUGCCUCUCCUCCCGUGGAAUUGAUUGACCCAAAUAUCCGUUUCGCGAACAAGACGUUGGAGCUACCUCCCCAGGGGUUUCCUAUCCUUCAUACUAGCUUCCAGUAUCCUCCUGACUGUGGCGAAACAAGCUACCGCGGUAGUGGCCGCUUGCGAGGCAUGAAGGCACUGAUUACUGGAGGUGAUUCCGGAAUUGGAAGAUCUAUCGCAAUUGCCUUCCUUCGUGAAGGUGCUGAAGUUGCCAUCAACUACCUUCCUUCGGAAGAAGUGGACGCACAGACACUCUCCGACUUCGUGGAGCAAGAGGGAUUCUCGAUUGAGCGUAUUCCUGGGGACUUAGCCAACGAAGCCUUUUGCGCUGAGUUGGUCACCGAGGCUCAUAGGCGUCUUGGUGGGUUAGAUAUCCUCGUGAAUCAUGCCGGUCAUGCCGGAAAUCUGCAGGGUCCUAACUGGCGCCCGAUUCAUGAAUUUGACACUGCGGAGCUGGAGCAAAUCUAUCGAGUCAACGUUUUCGCACCGUUGUGGUUAACACGCGCAGCUGUACCUCUUCUGACGCCUGGUGGAAGCAUCAUUGUAACUUCCUCAGGCCUCAACGCUCACCCUGUCGCCACAUCAGUCCUGUAUGGCUCCUCGAAGGCGGCUGUUACUCACACCAUCCGCUCCCUGGCCCAGCAGCUUCUGCCACUGGGAAUCCGAGUCAACGGUGUAGCUCCACCUCUGACCUACACCCCGUUCCUCGCUACCGGGGGCUUCACAACGCAGCAUAUCGCUGCUGCGGCGCAAAACUCGUUGAUCGGUCGCCUAGCGCAGCCGGCUGAGGUUGCACCACACUACGUUGAUAUCGCGGAUCCUACAAAGACAUACAUGUCUGGUGAGGUCGUGGCUGUCUUGGGAGGCGACGCGGGAUUUUAA